AACAUUGAUUGUAAACAUUGGCUGGCGCUCACACGUGCACGAUGCUGCACAAUCUGCUAUAAAUCACCGUACCGUGCGCCUUCCUUCAACAAAUAGGAAAAGGAGCAGCAAAUGAGUGCAUGGCUUAAAUAGUUCAUAGUACCUGAACAUAACUGAAUCGUGUAUGUAAAGAAAGGCCGCCGAGAUGAGGGCUCUAGACGGCAGGAACAACGUGAAGGUGUACAACUUAAGUGCUGGCAAGAGCCUUCCAGACUGGCUGACUGAAAGAAAAAGGAGGAGGUUGGCAAACAAAGAUGUUGAGCUUCGGCGCAGGAUAGAACUGAUCCAGGACUUCACCAUGCCUGAUGUGAGUGGGUGUGUCCGUGUGUCUCCCGAUGGACGAUACAUUUUAGCUACAGGGACGUACAAGCCACGAGUCAAAUGUUAUGAAGUGGCUGCCCUUUCUCUCAAGUUUGAAAGGUGUUUUGAUUCAGAGGUCAUCCAGUUUGACAUUCUCUCGGAUGAUUACAGUAAGCUAGUAUUCCUGCAAGAGGACCGCUUUGUUGAGUUUCACAGCCAAGCCGGGCGGUGGUUCAGGAUGCGGAUCCCAAAGUUUGGCCGUGACCUGGCCUACCAUUACCCUUCCUGUGACCUGUAUAUUGCUGCUUCAGGGAGUGAUAUUUACCGCCUCAACCUUCAACAAGGACGUUUCCUCAAUUCACUACAGACAGAGGCAGUCACAGGAGUGAAUAAGUGUGCCUUCCAUCCCAGCCACUACCUCUUUGUCUGUGGUACUGAGGAUGGGCGUGUGGAGGCCUGGGAUCCACGGUCAAGGCACAGGGUUGGCACUUUAGAUUGUGCUGCACACAUGGCUGCAGAGAAUGUACAAUUUAGUGAAUUCAGGACUGUGAAGCAGCUUGGGGUGACAGCUCUGGCCUACAGUGAUGCACUCACCUUAGGUGUUGGCACACAGACUGGACAGGUGCUGCUGUAUGACAUCCGCUCCAAUCGGCCUCUUCUCGUCAAGGACCACAAUGACGGCUAUGCAAUACGGGACCUUGAGUUCCAUAACACCUCUGGCAUGGCACUCUCCAUGUCUUCAAAGGUUGUCAAGAUAUGGAACAAAGCAACGGGAGAGCCUCACACAAGCAUUGAAUCAGGAGUGGACUACAAUGAUAUGUGUGUUGUGCCACAGUCUGGCAUGCUCUUCUUAGCCACUGAGGACACCAAGAUGCAGACUUACUUCCUGCCAAGUCUUGGUGCAGCUCCUAAGUGGUGCUCUCAUCUGGAUGCUCUUAUUGAGGAGCUGGAGGAGGAGGAAGCACCGACUCAGUAUGAUGAUUACAAGUUUGUCACUGAGGAUGAACUGAAACAAUUAGGCCUUCAUGACCUCAUAGGAACAGACAUGCUCCGAGCAGUGAUGCACGGCUACUACAUGGAUAUACGACUCUAUAACAAGGCCAAACUCAUUGCUAAUCCAUUCGACUACAAUGACUUCAUGAAGCGCAAGGUGAAGCAGAAAAUAUCUGAAGAAAACCAGCGUGGAAUUCAAACCAAGAAACUACCCAAUAUCAACCGUGAUCUGUUUGAGAGGUUGUUGGAGGAUAAGCAGGAGAAGAACAAGAAGAGAUCCAAGACUGCUGAGACCUUACUCAAGGAUGACCGUUUCAGCAAUCUCUUCUCUAGCUCUGACUUCCACAUUGACAAGGCUUCUGUUGAAUACCAGUUGAUUAAUCCAGUGCUCAGCAGAAUGGACAAGAAGAAGAAGAAGCAAAAGCUUGAGGAGGAGGAGGAGGAACAGGCUUUCUUGGAAGCCCGGGGAGACUUUGAGGACAACGAUAGCUCAGACUCUGAUUCAAUCAUGUCUGAUUUUGGGGACGACAAACCAGAGAAGGAGGAUAGAGAAGACUCCAAGCUGAAGCAAGAAGCAAAGUUGGAGAGAAAAAUAAUUAAACCCAGAAAGAGGAACACAGAGGAAGUUAAGGCACCCCAGAGAAAGAAAGCCGAACCUAUACCUCAAAGUUCAAAGACUCAGGAAAUCGCUUUCAGAUCAGCCAACUCCCUCACAGAACUCAAGGCCAACAGGAAAAAGCUUGAAAAGAUGCCCCUAAGUGAACGCCUUGGUAUGGAGGACAUCCCUGGGGAAAGCAUCAAGCAGCAUUCCUUUGGCAGCCGGGAGAUGAACUAUGUGAUUAAAAAGGCGCCCAAGUUUGAAAGGAUGCGGCAGCAGCAGAAGGAACACCAGGAGGAACGGAGGAAGAUACGUCGAUCUACAAACAAGCUAAAGGGAAAGUUCAGAAUCAAGGAGCCAUUGUGAUAGCUGGAUUUUUUUUUUUUAUAGACUUAUCUGAAUAAUUUGAACAUUUAACAUUUAUUACUGAAGAUUUUAAUAAAUCUAAAAAUAAA